UUUUUUAUUUUUGUAAUUUAAUUUUAUUUUAUUGGUUUUACGUUCUUAUAGAAGAGAAGCCGUAUGGAAAAUAAUACAUUUACAUUUCAUGUUCUUUUGCCAGAGAACAUUGAAAGAAAUGGGCAGCCCGUAGUUCUUGGCAAUGUAAAAGAAUUAGGAUACUGGAAAAAUCCUAUCGUAAAACUUCGUCAACUAUUUCCUCAAAAUCUAACAUAUUGGAAAUCCGAUCCAGUUACCAUUUUGGUAUCAAAUUUUGAAAAAAUUCAAUAUAAGUAUGCUAUUUAUACGUCUAAAUCUAAGUUAUUUGGAGGAGAAGAAAAAAUUGAAUUUGAAGGAAUUGAUGCUCAAGACAAUCGCACAUUGAAUAUUGGGAUAAAUGAUCACUUUGAUAUAUGGAAAAUACGUGAAUUUGCUUUUGUAGACUAUAUUUAUGAUUCUAUCGAGGCUAAUAACUUUAAAGACAAAGUUGUGGACUAUCAACGUUUAUUAACUCUUCACAAUGAUCUAACGAUACGCACGUCAAAUCCAGAAUUUAUUAUCAAUCGAAUUAAUAAUAACCUUAAAGAAAAACGGUUAUUCUUAUGUAUUCUCUUAGGGUAUUAUAUUUCAAAAAGAGAGGGCUCUCCUUAUAAAUUACCAAAUAAUUUCCCAUCCAACUUAUUACUUAAUACACUUGAGAAUUAUAAGCAAGAAAUUUUACCUUUAGACACUAAAGAUCAAAUGUAUACUGCUAUCAUAACUUUAAUCAAGCAUAAUGCUUUUCAGAUGAAAUUUGAUUGGCUCAUUAUUUUUAAAAUUAUGAUUGAAGUUGAUCCCAAUUGUACUUUUAUUAAGCAUUUGAAAGUUUUAAAAUAUUCUGAUGAAAAUUUAGCAAAAUUUAUUGAAGAAUGUAAAAUCAUUAAACCUUAUAUUAAAAACAUUAAAUUAGAAUCUUACGUUGAAAUUGCAAAGUGGUUGAUCCAGUUAUGUCAUAAUAUGGACUCUCUUUUUAAACUUUGGGAUGAUAUUUUUUUACAUAAUAAUGAAUUUGAUGAAAGUGUUUCUAAAUGUUUUACAGAACGUGUUCGAGCAAAUAUUUCUCAUGAUGAAGCUGUUGCUUUAGAACGCCACUUUAAAAGGCUUCCGAAAGAUUAUAGAGACCGUGUCUCUGAAAUUUUCCGAGAUCAAGUUAUAUUUUUACUUGAAAGUCCAAAUAGAAAGUGGACAUACGAAAACAUCAAUGCUAUUAAAAAGUUACUUCAUGACAAUAGUCUGAAUUGGCACAGAGAUGAAUUUAUUCAGUCAUUAGAGCUAAUAUCUCAGUCACAUACUUUGGAAUUAUUGAAUAUAUUUCCAGAAAUUUUAGACGAUUGGUUCCGUAGUGAUUUUUCAGAUAUCAAAGAGAAAAAGAUACCAAAAGUUUGUGCAAUUUGGUUUAAAAAUCUUUUACGAAAGCUUGAUGCAAACACAAGCAAUAAAAAAUUGACAAAUAAUAGCAAUUUUAUUUUUUCGGUAUUUCAACAAUUAGAAAUUAUGCAUCCAUUGCUUGGUCAAAGGAUUAAUAUUUGGCGAGAUUUAACAGCAAUUGCAAAAGAUAGAGUGAAGAAUUGUUUAGAAAAUCAAAUCUUUUCUGCAACAAAAUUAAUAGUACAAAUAAAGAAAGAUGAUGUUAAAGUGUUAUUUUUAGAGAUAGUAAAAGACAUAUUAAAUAAGUCUACUCUACAAACUCAUGAUCAGUUGUUAAACAAGAUACACAUUAUUUGCGAUUGCAAAAUAACCAAGAAUCUAGGCGUUCCAAAUAUGAUGAGCGAAGAUAUUUUAUAUUAUAUUAUGAAUAGAUUACAAAAUCAAUCGACCGUAUCCAGCGCUAAAGAACAUUAUUUGAAUAUUUUAAAGGCUAGUAAAUUUUGGAAUAUUAUAUUACGCGCUACUGGAAGCGUCGCAAAACUUAACUCAAAUCCAUUUGUUAAAAAUAUUAAAACGUCUAUUAACGAACUUGCUGGAUUUCUUCAUGAGAAAACUAUUGAUAUCCAAUUAUUGCAACAAAUUUUAGAAUAUGAUGACGAAUAUCUAUUUCGACAUUUUGAUGCGGCUGUUGCUAAGAAGAAAGCAUUAGGAGAUCAUGUGUUCAUUUCUCGAGAUGAAAUUGCAAAAUUUAGAAAGAUAUGUAAUAAUUAUCAAAUUCAACUCGAUAUUCUUUCCAAAUUUUAUAACGGAUUUUGUCCAAACGAUAAAGUAACAGAUGUAGCUGAUUAUAUUCGAGAUGUAAAACAACAUUUGCAAAAUUUAGAUAAAACAAAGGUGAAACAAGUGCUUUUAUCAGAUCAUUUGGCAAUCCAUGAGAAAGCUAUGGACAGUGCAAGAAAUUGCUACAAAUUUAAUCGAUCCCAAACUUUUCGAAAUAUCUUCGAUUCUUGUAUUGAGAAAGACGCUGCAGCAAUAAACGUAGAGUACAUAGCACAAAAUUUAAUUCCAAUCGUUUUUGAAAAAUAUAAUGCUAUGUGUAAACAACUUAAGGAUUGGGAAAAGCUCAAAUGUUCAGAAGUAUCUUUGCUUUGGAAUAAUGUUACUGAUGUUAGUGCAGAGCUUGAUUUGAUGGAAGGUCAUGAAUUCUCUAAAAGUCAAAGAUUUGUGCAGACCCUUGAUCAUCUUUCAAAAAUUUCUCGUUGGGUCCAACGACUUGAAGAACUAGAAAGAGUCAUGGAAAUUUUCAAAGUACCAUAUAAUGAUGACGAUUGGCUAUCAAAAUCAAUUCGUAUUUUAAAAGAUGGUUCCUUGAAACUUGACUCCAUGAAUAAUUUUUUCGAUCAUCUUGAUAGGAAUCUUUCUAAUGUCGAUCAAGAUUGUUGGAAAUUGAUAAAAGAGUUGUCAAGCGCUAAAGAAUUUUUGAGUUUCUUAAAGAAAAUUGCUGAACAUGAUAUUAAAAAUCUGAUUAAUGGUGUGGAUGAUCAUUCGGAUGAAAAAUUAAUUCAAGAGGACACUGUUUCAUCACUCAUCCAAGUUAAACAAUUUUUAUUUCCUCUUAUGAAUAAAAAUAUGGAAGCUAUUUCUGAUUUGUUGAAAGAAUUAUUAAAUGUUAUUAAGAAGAACCAUACCUUAGGAGAGAAGAUUGCAUUAUGUAACAGUAGCAAUAUGGCGCUGCAAAAUAUGUACAAUAAUAUUCAAAAUCGUGGAGAAGUUACUAAGGAAAAGAUUAAGAAUGCUGUACUUAACGGAACUUUUACAUUUACACGUGACCAAAAAGAAGACAAAUGCUUAGUUUCUUUACGAUAUCCCUCUAAAUCUAAUUUGAAAUAUAAUUUAAACGAAAUUUUAAAUUUACGUGGACGGGCCCUUUUGAUUGCAAAACAGAAAAAUAUGGUUAUGAUAAAUAGCAAAGAAGCAGAAAUGUCCAAAGACGUUAUGGAUAAAUUUAUUGCCCAAGCUGAUAUUGCACUAGAAAUAAUUAACUUAGUAACCUUGCUAAUACAAGUGGGACAUUUUGAUUAUAUAAAAUUUGAAAUUAAAUUGCAAGGGAUAGAUUAUAUGAAAGAUUAUCUGAAACUGUUAAAAGAAGAAUUUAAAAAUUGGCAAGAUAUAAUAGAUCGUGCGCAGGAAAUUUGUUAUUAUUUAACGUUCUUUACUGCUCGUCAUGUAUUGUCAUUUUAUGAUUAUUUCACAUCGGAAAAAUCAGAUGAAGAAAAUGAAGAGGAAUGCAAAAUAUUGAUUAGAUUUGUAAACAGCAAAGCUCAAUUGCCAUCUCAUAAGGAUAUUCAAGGAAUUUCACGCGAAUCUAAAGAUUAUUUCAAAGUUCUUUGCGAAAUUGGAAAUGGAUUAGAAAAAAUUUUUACGAGUAUUCCAAAACAAUCACGUAAACUUAAAGCGACUGGACAAGGCAUAAUUAUAGAUCUAGUUAGGAAGGGUGAAUUAUUUGUUGCUUCUUAUACUGACAAAACACGAACUCCAAAUAUUAUCAUGUCAUUAUAUGCUAAUUAUGGAUCUUAUCCCGAACCGUGGCAACUUUUGAUAUGUACUACUUCAACUACGAUGGAAGAAUUAGCAAAUUUCAUAAGAAGAAGUUUAUUCGCAUCGAAUAAUGGAUAUGAAAAUUGUUUAUUUUGUAUUGCAAAUUUGGAAUCGUUAGAUAUUGAAUUACAAUAUUAUUUAGUAGACUAUGUUAAAGAAAUGCAAUUGAAAUAUACAAAUGAAAGUUACCUAUUGGCACUUCUAUGUUGUCAACAAACUGGAAGUUCCAAUUAUAUUUUAGAUCAUUGUUCUUUAGAAGUUCAAGAGAUUAACGAAUUAAAUGCAGCAACAUUGCGGAAAGUUUAUCAGGAAUUAAUUUCAAAUAUAACGUGUGUUUCUUCCGAUUUGUCCGGCCAAGGGAAAACCGAAUGGAUUAAAGAAUCUAGCUAUUCUAAACAAAAAAUUCCGUUUAGUUUUUUAAUUUGCGAUAAUAUGGACUUUAGAUAUCUUGUAAAUAAACUUAAAAAAUGCAAUCUUACACAUGCACAAAGCUUACAUAUCAAUAUUUUAUCAACCGACUGUCCUGAAGAUGUGAAUUUAUUUUUAUUUGAAUUAUUGGCAUUUAAAGUAGUUUUACAUGAUAGUGUAAUAGUUUCAAUUCCUGAAACUUUUAUUUUUAUUGAAAUAGCUUCUUCAAUAAAGCAUAAUUUGCUUAAUAUUCUUGCUAUUGUAAGUUAUUUACCUUUUAAACAUUUAUCUUGGAAUAUCAAAGACUUUAAAGUAUCUCAAGAAAUAGCAAGUUCGAUUCAAGUUGUUUGCCACUUUUUGAAUUUAUAUGAUAAUAGAAAAAUUGAUACUGAAGAAAUUUUCUCUCAAGGAUUAGAAUUUAUCAAAGAUCCUUUAUCAGAAGAAGUAUGUCAAAAUCUUAUUAUGAAAUAUAUUUUGAGUGGAAGUGACAGAAUCAAAUUGUCGUUUAGGCAUAUUGAGAUUUGUGUCAAUAUUUUAGCGGAUCAAUUAAUUAAAUUCUCAUCAAAUCUCACAAUAAACAAUUCGGAAUUAUUAAAAAAGUUGGGAGAGACUGACGCUAAUAACGCUUAUAUCGCUAAUAUCAGAUCAACAUUAAUUGAGAUAUUAUUAAAUACCUUAAAAGAUUUGGUAAUCCAAUCUAUUAAAGCAAAUGAUCAGCUUAAAUCUUUAACCUUUGAAUAUGAAAAUGAGAUUAUUCAACUUGAUAAAUCGAACAUUUAUAUGUUUUUUUUUAAUUCUCAAGAAUUCCCCUUAAUAUUAUAUUAUGACAAGAAUAAAGUUCCUGAUAACAUUAAAUUAUUGCUAGAAAGUCAGGUACCUCCGGAAGAUCUGGAAUCUCUAGAUAAUUAUUUUGUUGUUGAUUACUAUAUAAAGAAAGUGAUCUCAAUUCUUUUAAGAACAAGUUUUAUUGCCAAAUUUGAUUGUAAAGUUCAAGUUCAAUUCUUGUUUCUUAAUCUUCAUGCUGGAAUUGAAGAAGAAACCAUUGUGAAAUUUAUGAAUGAUGCUUUGAAGAGAGCAGAAAAAGGUGAAACUUGGAUAUUAUUUGAUGAAAUAAAUACAUGUAAUCAUUUAGGAUUACUUGCAGACUUAAUAUCUAAUAAAAAAUUUAAGGAUAAGCCUAUACAUCCAAAUAUUCGGUUAUUCGCUACUUGUAAUCCAUGCCGUUUUCGUACAGGAAUUCAAAGUGAGGAAAGUAAAGACAAAAGAUAUGAUGAAAACCAAGUUAAACGACUUCCUGAUCAAAUAUUUGAUUAUGUUUGCGACUAUGGUAUUCAGAAUCUACAAGAUGAAACCGUAUUCAUUGCCGGUAUGGUUUAUGAUGAAUUAAAUGUAUUUGUAAAACUUAUAUUUGCCUCUCAAAAAUUCAUCCGCAAAGUUAAGGGACGAUAUAGUGUGAGCUUACAUGAUGCUGAACGAGCUAUUAUAUUGGUGAAAUUCUUUUAUAAUUCUCUUCAGAAUCGUCCUGUUUACAGGAAAGGACAUACUUAUCCACCACCUGGUAAUCCAACAAUAAUGACUAGAUCUUAUGUUUUGGCACUCAGUCUUUGCUAUCAUUCUCGGUUAUAUGAGCAAGAUUUACGUAAACAAUAUUGUUAUGAAAUGGAACAAAUAUUGCGAAAUCACGAAAUUUAUAUUGAAGAAAAUAUGUUUUCUAAAAUUAUACGUGAAGAACAGGAGGACUAUAUUAACAGGAUUCAAUGUCUGCCUAAUACGGCACAUAAUGAAGCUUUAUUAGAAAAUGUUUUAGUCAUGAUCGUGUGCAUUUUGACAAAAAUCCCCUUGUUUCUUAUAGGAGCAUCUGGCUCUUCAAAGUCUUUGGCAAUUCGCCUAAUAAAUUCGAAUUUACGUGGAUCUGAUUCGAAUGAUAAAUAUUUUAGAACGUUACCACAGAUUUACUUAAUUCCAUAUCAAUGCACUUCGUCUUCAACUUCAGAUGGUAUAAUGAAAGUUUUUGAUAAGGCAAAUAAAUAUCAAGAAACGACUUCCAAGCAAUUUCCCGUUGCUAGUGUUGUUUUACUUGAUAAUGUUGGUUUGGCCGAAACAAGUCCUUUUAAUCCAUUAAAAGUACUUCAUUCUCUGCUUGAACCAAGCCACUCACCAACUGUUUCGGUGAUUGGGAUAUCUAGUAAUUGGCGUCUAAAUAAUAUUAAAAGUAGUCGCGCAUUAAUUGUUCAAAGGCCACAAACUAAUUUAGAUGAUUUAGUCGAUACUGCUGAAUGUUUAUUAAAUACAAGAGUUAUUGGACAUGGACAGAAAGUUGCAUUAGAAUUUUUAGCUAAGGCAUAUUCAAAUUUUGAAAAAUAUGAUCAAGCUUUGUCUAGCUUCCACGGACUUUGUGAUUAUUAUGCAUUGGUUAAACGGCUUUCAAUAAACGAAAUGACUCCGGAAAAUAUUCAAAUGGCAUUAGCCCGUAAUUUUGGAGGAACACAAAAUCACGUCAAAUUAUGCGAAAAAUAUUUUGGAAAUGUCCUAGAAAUACUUAAUAAUCAUAAUUCAUGGCCAUAUAAACAAAUUCCAAUCAAACAACUAAUUGAUUCAAAUUUAAAUGAUUCAGAUGCACGUCAUUUAAUGGUUAUUGGUAAAAGUGGUUCAAUUGUAGAUUUGUUAACUUAUCAUUUAAGAAAAAGAAAUUUGGAUUCAGUUGUAAUUUUAGGAUCACAAUUUCCUAAUGAUCGGGAUGAUUACUCUUAUAAUGUUUUAAAUAGAAUAAUAAUGUGUGUCGAAACAGGCAGAUUAUUGAUAUCAACAGAUUUAGAAAUUAUUUAUGGUAAUCUUUAUGAUUUAUGGAAUCAAAAUUAUAUUGAAGUAAAAGAGAAGGAAAAGAUUAAUUACUUUACACGUGUUGCACUUGGAGCCUAUGCUUAUCCUAUGUUUUAUGUUUCGCCAAAUUUUAAAUGCAUUGUUGUUAUGGAUGAGAAUAAUUUUGCAUCAGUCGAUCCUUCGCUUCUUAAUCGAUUUGAAAAACAAAAAUUAUCGAUGAAUGACAUGCUUGAUGAUAGACAAAAGUUGCUUGUAAAAUAUUUAUACAAUUGGACAAAUCAAAUUACAACUUUGGUUAAAGCUAAUAAUUCGAUGACUGGCUUACAUAAUAGAUUCACUCAAGAGGAUUUAUUCAUUGGAUUUGAUAAAGAUGAAACUUUACAAAGUUUAAUAUUUCAUAUUACUAUUAAUAACCCUGAAGCUAAUGAUAAUGAGAUUUUAGAAAAAUGCAAAGAAACACUAAUUGCAAUAGCAUCUCCUGAUGGAAUUAUAAGAGCAGAAUUAUCAAUUUUAGAUCAAGAUGAAGUUGAUCGAUGGAAAUAUGUUUAUUUCAAACAACAUCAUCACAAUGGCCUUUCCAAUUAUUUUGACGCUUUAUUUGAUCAAGAAAAAUUAUCUGCGGAUCCUAUAGGACAAUUAGUAAUUAUAAACACAUUUUCUAAGAUAAAUAUAAAUUUUAAAUCUUGUUUACAAGAUUAUUUAAGAUGCCAAGUGUAUAAUUUAUCGACCAUUAAGACCGAAGUUCAAAUAACAAAUAUAGUGAAAAAUUUCUUUUUUGAAUCAAACGAUAAGGUUUUAAUUCUUCAAUGCGAUAUUAAUAUUAUUGAUACCAAAUGUAUCAAAUUAUUAAAGUACAUUAUUGAACAGUUUCGAAAUGAAUUUUUGGCUAAGAAAGAGAAGUGUGAAUCAAAUAUGCAUAUUAAAUACACAUGUAUAAUAUUUCAUAUUCAACGAGAUCAUGAACCAAGCUUGAUAACAUCUAACUUUAUUUGCGGAUGGAAUAGAAUUACUAUUGAAUCUUUAGAACCACCGGAAAUACCAUUAAUAGAUCUACUUGACAAAUCUUUAUAUGAUAUAAUUAAUUCGGAACUUUUUGAUAAGAUAGUUAAUUCAACGAUGCCAUUUGAAAGAAUUUUAGAGGAAUUAUUAUUGCAAGAACAUUAUCAUUCUAACGAAAGUCAUAUGGACCCUAUUAGAAUAUUAAGGAAAGAAAUUUUAAAUGACUCACAUAUCAUAAAAUGUAUUAAAAUAAAAACAUUUGAAUGGAUUUUAAAGAAUUACAAAAAUUGGCAAUGUGAAGCAGCUCUAAAUAAUAAGGAUUCAUCAAUGUUUACUUGUUUUUCAAUAGCACUACAAAAUUAUUUAAAAAUAAUUAUCAAGCAUACAAUUUAUAAGGUCUUAUAUUCAAUUGAAAAAUUACCGGAAAUUACAAGAAUUUUCGAUAAUGAAAGUAAUGAGUUUAAAAUGGAAAAAGUAGUUCAUAUAUGGAAACAAUCCUUUAUUGAUAAAAUAGUUAAUAUUGAUUAUUUAUUGGAGUUAAGGUUAUCAAUAUUUUCAUCCGAUAUAGUUAAUGACCUUGAAUUUCCUUUUUCAUUUUAUUUUCUAAUUAAUUGUUAUAGAAGGUAUUAUCUUGAAGAAUUGGAUAUAUUAACACAAGACUCCGAAAAUAUUAAAGAAUUAAUUGAGGACCAUAUCGAAGAUUUUAGAAAUAGCUUGAUUUUUAUUCAUCCAAAUUUUGACAAUUUGCAAAAAUGCUCAGAAUUAUACUACAAUGAAUUUAUUAGAAUUAUUUUAUCAACUUAUUCUAUAAAAUUAGCUAGUAAAGGAAAAUUGGAUUUUAUUUUUAGAUAUUUAAUUGGAGAUAAAUUUGCUGAUGAUCCAUUUAUUCUUCAUAUUUAUUGGUGGAAGUAUGCAACAGAAAUUUUAAUUCAAUUGAAACUAGUUGAAACAUUUCCAGAUCUUAUUACAAAAGCCCAGAAUGAUUUCAUUGUAUAUGGAAAACUUUAUCAGUAUCUUUUCAAAGAAUCAAUUAACUCGAUCUUACAAAAUAUAUGUGAUGGUAAACUAUGGAAACAAGAUAUGAAUGUCAUUUUAUCAAUAUAUGAUUGUAGAAUUGAUGAUUCAAAGAAUCCUUCGAAUUUGCACUUAUUAUUUUUAUGUAACGAUUUAUUAAAAAUUGGUUUAAUUCCAUUAGAAAAAAUCAAAGAAAUUAUUAAUUUAGGAAAAUCCGCCAAAAAGCAAGAAUUUAUUACAACUGAAAUUAUCAAUUUAGUAUUUAAUAAUUUAGAUAAUAACAAUAAUGUAAUUUCUAUUACAUCAUUCGUUACGAGAAGUCUUAAAUUUAUUUCUUUGGAAUCAGAAAUUCGGUUAACUCUUUAUAGAAAUAUAUUUUCACAACUUUCUUUUAAACUGAUGAAUAAUGGUAUAAUUGAAAAAAUAUUUAAUAAUGAAAUUCAACAGAAUGGACAAAUAUUCUUUAUAUUAAUUAAGAACCCUGAAAAAGCUUUACAACUAUCACUUAGAUUGAAAACUAUUAAUGAUAAUAUUAAAGACAUCAACUCGAAUAUGGCUGAGUCUUGCUGUGAAAUAAUUCAAACAAUUUUCAAUAAAUUUGAAUUGAAUGAAUUUCUUCCAUGUUUUAUGAAUUCAAUCAAUUUACUUAUGAAGCAAGAAAAUUUGCCUUUGCAACAAAUAACUUCAAUUGCAUUUCUGAAAGAGUUUAUAAAUAAAUACUGGAAGAAUUAUUUUCAAGAAGAUAAUUCUUUAUCCAAAUCACUAAUCAAUGAAAUUAAUGAUGUUAUGAAAAUUAGUGGCUAUUUAUUUAUCCAAUCGAUGCAAACUUAUUUUAUACUGAAUUUGUAUAAACAAAAUUCUUUUGAUAUAAAACAAUUUAAAAUAUUAAUGCAAGAAUUUUUAUGCCUUGAGAAUGAAGGUUUUAUUGAAAUGGAAAUAAUUAUCAAUAUGAAAAUGAAUUUACUUCCUAAACUUUGGAAGCCAGUUAGAAAAGUAGAUUUUAAAGAUUUAUAUACUUUUUAUAUUGCAAACUUAAAUGAAUAUCCAUUUCUUUCAGUAUUUUUUAAACAUUAUAAUAGAUUAAAACUGAUUAAGUAUCUAUAUCCAAUUAUCAGAUUUGUGAAAAUUCUAAACUCUAAACUUGAAUAUCAUUUAACUAGAAAAGCAGCUCAAAUUAUGACAUUUCAUGAAUUUAUUAAGAAAGAAUCAGUUGAUGAUAGUGAAUAUAUUAAUUUAAAAUCUUUAUUUGAAGAAUUUGCUUUUAGCUGGAAUUCUGUUAUUAGUCAUAUUAAUCAAUAUCAAUCUAAAGAAUUUCUUUUAGAUAAACCAUUUAUGACUCUUGACGUUCCUGUAAUUUUUGGAUUGGUUGAACAAAAAAAUAGUGGAAUUUAUUUAUGUGUAAUUGUGGAAUUUUUAAUUAAAUUACAUAAUGAAUUCUUAAAUGAUGUUAUGGCUAUUCCAAUUGAAAAAUGUAAAAGUCUUAACUUUAUAAAAGAUUAUUCUUUGAAUUAUUUGAAUUCUAAAACACAUUUUAUUAUUUCAACAGUAGUGCAAGCACUAGAUAUUAAUUUUAUUAAUUAUAAAUGGAAUGAUAAAAUUUUAAAGUAUAAUCAAAAAAAUCUGGAUUUAAAAAACGAUAUUAAUUACAUAUUUGAUUUACAAAAAAUUGAAAUGAAAUUAGCAAAAAAAUUGGUUUUUAACAAAGUUUAUUUUGAAAUGGAGAAUAAUCAGUCUUACUUGAAAAAUUUUUCAUUCAAGCAUGAAUUAUUUUAUAAUUUUCCAGGAAUUCUUUUUGAUAUCAAAAAAAUCUUACCACAGGAACCUAUUUUGGCAGAUAAAAUGUUAGUUAUAUCUGCAAUGUUUCAACAAUCAAUAAUUUUAAAUAGUUCAUCAAAUUCAAUUAAUUUAUUUGAAUUACUAUUACUUUUUGAAAUUAUUCUUUGUUUUAUUAAAGAAUUAUUGGUUAAAAAUAAUAAUAUACUUAUUUUAGAUUUCGUUAAUCAAUGGUUAAAAUUAGCCAAAUAUAAUAUAACAUCUAUAAAUAUACUUGAGGAAUUUUCUUUAAAGCAUAUUAUUGCAUUUUAUGAAUUAAUUGAAGAACAAAUUGCUAAUUCUGUAAUUCAUGAUAUUGAUGAUAAAUUUAAAAUUCCAUUAACACAACAAUUAAUGGAUUCAAUUAAUAAUAUCAUAGAUUAUGAUAAUUCAGAAGAUCAAAAUCAACAACUUAUUCCUGCUAAAGCAUUUAUUCUUGCUUUAAAAAGAUUCAUUUAUAGAUUUUUAUUAAUUGAUUCAAAUAUUGAAAAUAUGAUCUUGUAUAUAUAUUUUUUAGAUUUUACAUUAAAUUUAUGGACUAGUGAUAUAAAUAGGGAAUUAAUUAAAAAAUUAUUUCCUACUUGCUUAUUAGUAUCUCAUGCUUAUAAUAGUUAUGUAUAUUUACAUAAUAAUGAGAAAACAACAAAUAAAAGGCAAAAGAAAAGCUUUGCAUCCACAUCUUCAACAACUAGGAAAACAUUAAUUAAGAAAUAUAAAAAAUUUACAGAUUAAAUAUUAUUAGUUUUAGCUUUUAAAAUAAAAAUAUUAAAAAGCUGUAUCUAUUAUUAUUAUUGUUAUUAUUAUUGUUCUAAAUAAAUU